UAACGACCCGAGAAACACAAGUGUUUAACAAACUCUGUGGGAAACCCAAUGGGGAGAACUGCAGUGGUGUCUUUAUACACGUUCUGGGGCCGCUUCAACUGGUACUUAUACUUUUCAGAUUCCGGGGCUGGUUCGCUUUCUCGAUGUAAUCUGAUCCCGUGCAAGUGUCUUGGAAGCAUCAUCAGCUUUCACAAUUCUGAAAGGGAGGUGACUUGAGCGACCGAAGAACAUACGUUGAAUUCAGCAGGAGUGCACCUGGGAAAUAGACCACAUCUUCCACCAACCUACAGCUAUUGGCGUUCUCACCUGCAGCGAAUCACACCAAGGUACACAUUGGAUCAGACCGAGACAAUCACACCAAGGACUGAGGACCAUUUGAGAUGCAUGGCCUGUAAGCAGCCAGCGCCAGCGAUGGCUCAUAGGAAGAGGCCAGGGACCAGCGGCUCCAGCUGCAGCAUGGUGGAGCUCCCCGUCCGGCCUCCCUGCCCCGCCACCUACCCCCCAGAGCAGCACGGCCAGGAGCAUGAGGAGGGGCCGGGAGAGGAGGAGGAGGAGGAGGUCCACUACUGUCGCCAGCAGGGCCUGGAACCAGAGCUGACGCACAGCCGUCCGGACACACCUACUACACCGGAGCCGGAACACGAGCAUGAACACAGCCAUGACCACGAUGACCCAGACUGCCACGGCCAUGAUGACCACAGUCACAGCGACGACCAUGCAGAGUGCCAUGGCCAUGACCGCGAGCAUGCAGACUGUCACGAUCACGGUCAAAGUCACGACGUUGUAGGCUGUCACGACCACGUCCACGUCCACAGUCACAUCAAUGACCACGACCAUACAGGCUGUCACGGCCACCGUCAUGACCACGCUGACAGCUUGGACGGAGACUCCAGCUCUGACUAUGUGAACAACACCUCAGAGGAGGAGGACUAUGAUGAAGGUCUGCCGGAGGAGGACGAGGGCAUCACCUACUACAUCCGCUACUGCCCUGAGGAUGACAGCUACCUGGAGGGCAGCAUUGACUGCAACGAGGCCGAGGCUAACUACACCGCCAGCACCGUGCAGCACGUCCGGGCUGAGCCUCCGGGCGACACAGACGAGUGCCAGGAAGCGGUGGAGGAGUGGGUGGAGGGAGAAGGAGGGGUGGAGGUGGGGGAGGUGCGCUGUGAGGUGGUGGAGCAGGACCCAGAUGAACAGAUCUACGACGUCCUGGACCGCCACCCCCACCCCGCCGCCGUCCUGCACGAGUCCCCCCCACCCACAGAGGAAGAGGAGGAGAUGAGAGCUGGGGUUGCUUACGCUGGGGACUACUAUGGCCCAGAGGAGGACAAUGGGAACUCCGUGGUUCACGAAUUGCGGUCUCCAUACCGUGGCCGUAAAGUGGUAGUGGAGGGGGAGACGGGGGAGGAGGCGGAGGAGGACAUUGACCAGAUAGUGGCAGAGAUCAAGAUGAGUAUGAGCAUGGGUAGUCUGAGCAGCGGUGGCACUGACCAGAGCCCUGACGAGCUGGUGCAAGACAGUGUACCCAGUGAUUACCACCCUCCUGAGGCCCACGCCAAGCCUGAGCCUGCCCCCUACACCCCAACCCCACACCGCCACGACAGCAGACCCAAGUCCCUCAACCUCCCUUCCACACGGCACAACAACCCUGAGCUCAAGAGGGGCUUCAAGGUUCGCUCCCGCACCCCGGAGGAGCGACAGCAGUGGGCUCAAGAACAGAUGACCAACGGCGUGGAGCAUCCCAGGAAACAGCAGCGUUCUGACCUCAACGUGCCGCUGGAGAACAACAAUGUCCCGGAGGAAACAAAGAAGGCUGCAUCGUUCCCCAGCUUUGUUGAUGUUCCGGGGCCCUGUGAGCCAGAAGAUCUUAUUGAUGGCAUCAUCUUUGCUGCUAACUACCUGGGCUCCACCCAGCUGCUCUCUGAGAGGAACCCAUCCAAGAACAUCCGCAUGAUGCAGGCCCAGGAGGCUGUCAGCCGGGUCAAGAGGGUUCAGAAGGCUGCCAAAAUCAAGAAAAAGGCGAGCCCAGAGGGGGAUGCGCAGACACUGACAGAGGUGGACCUCUUCAUCUCCACCCUGAGGAUAAAAGUGCUCAACGCAGACACACAGGAAACGAUGAUGGACAACGCCCUGCGCACCAUCUCCUACAUAGCUGACAUUGGGAACAUCGUGGUGCUGAUGGCGAGGCGCCGCAUGCCGCGCACAGCCUCCCAGGACUGCAUCGAGACCACACCUGGAGCCCCAGAGGCCAAGAAACAGUACCGGAUGAUCUGCCACGUCUUUGAGUCUGAGGACGCCCAGCUCAUAGCCCAGUCGAUUGGGCAGUCGUUUAGCGUGGCUUACCAGGAGUUCCUGAGGGCCAACGGCAUCAACCCAGAGGACCUGAGUCAGAAGGAGUACAGUGACAUCAUCAACACGCAGGAGAUGUACAACGAUGACCUCAUCCACUUCUCAAACUCUGAGAACUGCAAAGAGCUGCAGCUGGAGAAGCAUAAGGGAGAGAUCCUGGGCGUGGUCAUAGUGGAGUCUGGCUGGGGCUCCAUCCUGCCCACGGUCAUCCUGGCCAACAUGAUGAACGGUGGGCCGGCCGCCCGCUCCGGGAAGCUCAGCAUCGGAGACCAGAUCAUGUCCAUCAACAACACCAGCCUGGUGGGGCUACCGCUCGCCACCUGUCAGGGAAUCAUCAAGGGCCUGAAGAACCAGGUGCAGGUGAAGCUGAACAUUGUGAGCUGUCCCCCUGUCACCACCGUGCUCAUCAAGAGGCCAGACCUCAAGUACCAGCUGGGCUUCAGCGUCCAGAAUGGGAUUAUCUGCAGCCUGAUGCGUGGGGGUAUUGCUGAGCGGGGGGGUGUCCGGGUUGGCCACCGCAUUAUUGAGAUCAAUGGCCAAAGCGUGGUGGCUACAGCGCAUGAGAAGAUUGUCCAAGCCCUCUCAAACUCUGUGGGCGAGAUUCACAUGAAGACAAUGCCAGCGGCAAUGUUCAGACUCUUAACAGGACAGGAGACUCCUAUGUAUAUAUAAACCAAGGACAGAUGCCAUUUUCCUCCACAGAGGAGUUGUAAGCAGCGGUUGUUUACAGUCCAGUUGGAGAGCUCUGGGUGGGCAAGACUAGCAGACUAAUGAGUGUCUGAGGAAGGCUAGUGAGCCAGAGUGAUUUUCUUUCUUACUGUUGUGUCGCUGACCUAUAAUUAUUUUCCUCCAUCUUUUCUGAGCUAACAUUCAUUCAUUCAAUUGACACUCCCGAUAUUUUGCUGAUGUUAAUACUAAAGAGGGUCAUUUGGGCAGAAGGUGUUUACGUUAUUUAUUUGUGUUUGUGUUUUUUGGACGCCUCACAAUGUAUAUUUUUAUAUUCAUAUCAAUGUCAUAUUGUACCUGCGUAUUGUUUCAUUUAGUUCUCUUUGUUGUAUUUAAUUUUCAUGUAAAUACAUAUUUUGCUAAUGUGUCGGAAGUAAUGGGGAACGGGCAUGGUUGCUUUGUAAAUAUUUAUUGACUUUUCCUGCUGGUUUGAUAUCAGGGAAGAGAGCCCUUGACCGCUAAAGGACGAUUGAAAUUGUGCUGUCAAUAUAGUUUAGAUGGACAAUAAAAGGGAAUUUGGGAGUGACUUGGGUAAAAUAAUUUUGUUUAUAUACGGUACCAGUCAAAGGUUUGGACACACCUACUCAUUCAAGGGUUUUUCUUUAUUUUUUACUAUUUUCUACAUUGUAGAAUAACAGUGAAGAAAGACAUCAAAACUAUGAAAUAACACAUGGAAUCAUGUAGUAAACAAAAAAGUGUUAAACAAAUCAAAAUACAUUUUAUAUUUGAGAUUCUUCAAAGUAUCCACCCUUUGCCUUGAUGACAGCUUUGUAUACUCUUGGCAUUAUCUCAACCAGCUUCACCUGGAAUGCUUUUCCAACAGUCUUGAAGGAGUUCCCACAUAUGCUGAGCACUUGUUGCCUGCUUUUCCUUUACUCUGCGGUCCAACUCAUCCCAAACCCAUCUCAAUUACAUUUACAUUUACAUUUUAGUCAUUUAGCAGACACUCUUAUCCAGAGCGACUUACAGUAGAGUGCAUACAUUUUUAUUACAUUUUACAUACUGAGACAAGGAUAUCCCUACCGGCCAAACCCUCCCUAACCCGGACAACGCUAUGCCAAUUGUGCGUCGCCCCACGGACCUCCCGGUCACGGCCGGCUGCGACAGAGCCUGGGCGCGAACCCAGCCCAGCCUGGGCGUGAACCCAGAGACUCUGGUGGCGCAGCUAGCACUGCGAUGCAGUGCCCUAGACCACUGCGCCACCCGGGAGGUCAAUUGGGUUGAGGUCGGGUAAUUGUGGAGGCCAGGUCAUCUAAUGCAGCACUCCAUCACUCUCCUUCUUGGUCAAAUAGCCCUUACACAGCCUGAAGGUGUGUUGGGUCAUUAUCCUGUUGAAAAACAAAUGAUAGUCCCAUUAAGCGCAAACCAGAUGAGAUGGCGUAUUGCUGCAGAACACUGUGGUAGCCAUGCUGGUUAAGUGUGCCUUGAAUUCUAAAUAAAUCACAGUGUUACAAGCAAAGCACCCCCACACCAUCACACCACCUCCUCCAUGCUUCACAAUGGGAGCCACACAUGCGGAGAUCAUCCAUUCACCUACUCUGUGUCUCACAAAGACACAGCGAUUGGAACCAAAAAUCUCAAAUUUGGACCCAUCAGACCAAAGGACAGAUUUCCACCGGUCUAAUGUCCAUUGCUCAUGUUUCUUGUCCCAAGCAAGUCUCUUCUUCUUAUUGGUGUCCUUUAGUAGUGUUUUUUUUGUUGCAACAAUUUGACUAUGAAGGCCUGAUUUCAUGCAGUCUCCUCUGAACAGCUGAGGUUGAGAUGUGUCUGUUACUUGAACUCUGUGAAGCAUUUAUUUGGACUGCAAUUUCUGAGGCUGGUAACUCUAAUGAAUUUAUCCUCUGCAGCAGAGGAAACUGGGUCUUCCUUUCCUGUGGCGGUCCUCAUGAGAGCCAGUUUUAUCAUAUCGCUUGAUGGUUUUUGCGACUGCAAAUUUUCUUGAAAUGUUCCGUAUUGACUAACCUUCAUGUCUUAAAGUAAUGAUGGACUGUAAUUUCUCUUUGCUUAUUUGAGCUGUUCUUGCCAUAAUAUGGACUUGGUCUUUUUCCAAAUAGGGCUAUCUUCUGUAUACCAACCCUACCCUGUCACAACACAACUGAUUGGCUCAAAUGCAUUAAGAAGGAAAGAAAUUCCACAAAUGAACUUUUAACAAGGCACAACCUGUUAACUGAAAUGCAUUCCAAGUGACUACCUCAGGAAGCUGGUUGAGAGAAUGCCAAGAGUGUGCAAAGCUGUCAAGGCAAAGGGUGGCUACUUUGAAGAAUCUCAAAUAUAAAAUAUAUUUUGAUUUGUUUAACACUUUUUGGGGUUACUACAUGAUUCCAUGUGUUAUUUCAUAGUUUGGAUGUCUUUACUAUUAUUCUACAAUGUAGAAAAUAGUAAAACAUAAAGAAAAACCUUUGAACGAAUAGGUGUGUCCAAACUUUUGACUGGUACUGUAUAUCAAGCCAAUGCUAGCAGUAGAGGUUGUAUGUUACAAAACGCCAUAUCCCUUCAGCUUUGAACUUUUUCAUUUUACAGAAGUUCCACCUCGUCAUGAUAACAAGUCAUGAGGUAAAUGUUACUGACUAGUGUGCAGGUGUUUUUUUUAACUUCCUUAUGUCAACACAAUUUAUUGGACAGCACUGUCUCUCACACAUUUUAAUAACAGUUAAAUCCGAACUAUUGAACUUAACAUUGGUUUGAUUUUCAAAAGAAUGAGCAAUGUAUGAAACUUGAAAGGGUAGUUUCUAUGUGUGCUAUGUUCAUCUGUGUUUCACCUCAACAGAAACUCAGUCGAUUUGUGAAUGUAUUGUGUUGUAAGAACUGUGUCCAUUGCCAUAAGCAGUAUUAGAAUGUCUGUACAUAAAGAGAACGUUGUCUAGGAUUGUGCUCAUAAGCGUCACGGUUAGUCACUACAAACAUCCCUCCUGCUUUGUCGGGCUUCAGCCUUGAGAGAAAGAUGAACAAAGAAUCCCACUGUGACUGAGGAAGCCUUACGACUGAGUAAUGCUUUUCAUUUACAUUGUACUAAAAAUUACAUUGGAAAAAUUAACAUUUAUCUGUGUGCAUGCCUCAUGAUAGUAUCAAGUCAUUACGGCAAGAUAACAAUAAAAUCUCAAAUAAACCCCCA